UAGAGGGUGGGGGUUCCCCGGGGGCGCGCGCCUGACGCGAGUAACAAUUCGUGAAAUUGGCAACAAAUGAAAGUAGCAAUUUCAGCCAGAAAGUGUCUCCCCCACUUCCCUGUACCUCUUCCACUCCUAUUGAUCCGAGGGACUAUCCCCCCCCCACCAACAACUUUUUCUUUUACCCCACUCCCUGCCUUCCAUGGCGAGGAGUGAGCUGGACAUAUUCCCCUCCAAGCGGCACGACAAGCUCGAAUUCUUCCUGAAGAGACACUUGGAGGAGAGCGUUUUCAACAAGAUCCGAAUGUACGAGGCGUGCAUCGUGGUGUCGGAGAGAAAGAGCAAGAAAGCCUUCGAGUAUGUCAUUCUGACCGACGAGUGCAUCUACUUGACGCAGAACCCACCCAAGACCAUCCACGAGGCGGUGCAUCUCAAUGAUGUGGUUGCGAUCGAGCUGGUAGACGAUUAUCCAGAUUUUCUGAGCGGCCAGGAUCGGGAGUCUGCACAACACAUCCGCAUCGUUUCCAUCACCCGGGCAGAGAAGAAAGGUCACAAAGUCCAAGUUAGAGGCAAUAAGUAUUUACCUGCUGUCAUUAGUGGCAGAAGGAAGUUUGGUGCCUUGAGCCAGGAAGAAGCUGUGGUUAGUAGCAACAUCCAGGAGGGCAGCAGCAUAUCGAAAUCAAAGCAGGGCCGUGCUCUGAAUCAGUUCUCUCUCAGGGGGAAUGCAGCAGAGUCCGGGGAGCCACACUCCACGCUGCGGCACACUGCCUCCUUCCCCACCUCUGCCUUGAAAAAUCUGAAACUGUCCGACCGUCGCAAUGCGGAGGGGUCUGUACCUACGCCUCCGAAUGCCCGUCCAUUACCAGACCCUCCGAAAGAAAGUGCAGCCAGUCACUCUGCAACGACAGCCACUGCUUACAGCUCAGUAUCAAUGGAGCGGUUGGCAACCAGUCCUUUCCCCUCGAACUGGAACAUGAAGGAACCUCGACCCGACACAAGCCCCGAAGCAGGCAAGGCAAUGACUGAACAAGCCAAGCCAAGAGAGUCCGAGCUUCACCUCUACAUUAUUUCUAUGACCUCUCUCAUAUUUCUCCACUUAAGAAGUGCGUGGAACAAUCAAAUGAUCCAGUCGACGCUCCUGCAGGACCCAGCUUACGCAAGAGUAAUGGCACCUUUCUCUCCUUCUCGAGGUCCAAAGACUCACAGUUCAGAGGAAACAAAUAAACUGUUCAACCAACUGAGCUCGGAAUUACUUCAUGGAAACAACUUCCUCGAGCGGAGCUUCUCCCUGGUGCAGGAGCUGAAAAUGGCAGCUCUCAGGAACUUCACAAUUAAAAAACUCUUUUGGAAGUCAAACGACCUGUAUCCAUUUCUUAUCAGCAAACUUCAGGAGCACUUGCCAAAGUUUGAGAAUCCCAUUAGCCAGCAAGACAAGCGCAAAAUGGCAGGCCACCUACAGUUCUCCAUUUUGAUCGUAGAGACAUUAGGCGUCAUGUUCAGGGAGACUGAAACAGAACCAACACGUUUGACUCUUCUGAAUGCCAACCGAGGUAUGACUGUCAUGAACUUGCUGAAGAUUUUAAUAAGUGGUCCACAGAUUCCCACACCAGCUGGUACCAACGUGCCCACUGUAUCUGAAAUCUCAACUAAUUCUCAAGAUGGUGAGCUACAGAAGCUAUUGCUGGAGUACAACAAUGCAGUGACAACUGUUGUGUAUGAAAUCUUCCUCAUAACUCACCAGGGAAACUGGGGAUCAGCCUCUGGGAACUUGACGGUUGGAUGGUUGAUGGUUGCUCUAAAGAAACUUCCUUCCAUGUUGCCUUUUAUUGACCAGAUGAUGAAACACAUCAUUAAGAUGGUGCUACCUCCAAUACAUAUCAUGAGCCCCACUCAGGCUUUGCAACUUUUUCAACAAUUCUACAUCCUGAACACUUGUAUCCAGUACAGCAGUGACUUGGCAGAACAUAUCAGGAAUAAAUACAGUGAAGAAUUUAGGUACUACAUUCAAACUGCCACAGUGGAAGCAAUGCUCCCAGUCCAUUAUGCUGUCGCCCAGCCUACGAUUCGUCUCCUACGCCAAGUACUUAGCUUCGUCCUCCACAAGCUGAUCUAAUUUUUCAAGAGGAUUAAGCUGCAGUUAGUAAUGAGUAUCAGAUUCUAAUGAAAUGGAUGUUAGUGUAAAUAUUCACACAAGUACUUACCUACUGGAUUUAUGGAAACCAAUAACAGUUUGAAAUCUAUCCCUAUCCUUACAUUGAGUCUUACAUAAAACUAUAAUUGAAACUUUGAAUGAUAAAAAAAGUGUACUUUAUAAAAUAAAUAAGCUUAUAAUUUUUCACUGUUAACUUGGGGGGGCUGGUUGCAAAUAUUGAACUUCAGUUAAUGGAUAACUAUAUUUUUAUGUUAUCUUAAUUCACAUAGAAAGGUAUUUUUAAAAUUAAACAUGUUGGAAGUCUUGCUAGAUUAAAGAAGCUUAUUUUUAUGUUUUCUGAAAUGAAUAUGCAGUUUGUAAGUCAGAGCUUAAAAAGAAACUGCAUUUGAUCAUAGAGAUUGGAUGGUUUGCCACAAACAUGUUCUCAGUGUGAGAAUGUCAAUGUUAACCAGGCCAUCAAAGGAUAGGAACACAAGUAAUUGGAGCAGGAAUAGGUCUGAGGCCCCUCAAACCUGCUCCACUAUUCAGAAGGAUUAUGGCUGAUCCUCAACCUCACCCUUGACUUUAUAAUAUCCAAAUUUAUAUUGAUCUCUGUCUGGAACGUACUCAGCAACUGAUCUCCCAGGAGUGGAGAAUAUCCUAUGGUGCACCACCCUCCUGAGUAAAGGAACCUCUCCCCAAUUUGAUUGGAAAUGGCCCACUGUUUAUCCUGAUCCAAUCACCUUCGUUCUCCAUUGCACAGGUGAGGGAAACAGCUUCUCAGCUUCUACUCUGUCAAGCUGAAGAAUUUAAUGGUGCAGAAAUCUGAGUGUAUCCACUCCAAGUGAUGCUGAUUUCAUCAUGUACAUGUUUCAAAAUGAGAUCACCAUUCAUUCCUUGAAACUCCAGAGAGUAUAAGCCUAUAUUAAAAAAAAAGCAGAACGAGCUGGUUCCCAACAAGAACAGUGAGAAUGUGGGCUGGCAGUCAGUCUAAAUGUUAAUUGCUUUGGAAAAGGAGAUCAUUCAACCUCUUAAACCUGUUCCGCCAUUCUGUCAGAUUAAGGCUGCCUCAGUUCCAUAAUGCUUCAUACAGUAGCCUAAGAAAAAUCUACUGAUUUCAAUUUGUUCUAGAAAUCUCAAGCCUGCAACAUGACACAGUUUGCCUCUAUUUGUUCUCUGUCCAGGCACCAUGCCUAAGAGAGUGGUAGAGAUCGUGGACUUGCAUUUGAUUUUGAUAUAUGUAUUGCAGUGGCCUACCUUUCCCUUCUGCAGGAUGGCUGACCAGGAAACUCUCCUGCUUUCAGCUGCCACUGUCGGGUGCAUUGGAAGGGCUUUUGCAGGUUGGCAAUCAACCUGUCAGGUUGUGUUCUGAGCUCACCUCCCUUGGCCAUCAACAUCAGUAGUGAGGCUCAAACCUGGACCUUCAGGCUCAGGGGCAGAGACACUUCCUGAUGGACCAUGGGACCGCUCUAACCCAUUAACCAGCCAGACUUUGGACUUCCUGCCAGUGAAGAAAGAUGCAGAAAUGCCAGCAGGCAGGAGGGAAGCACUGUUACCAAGAAUAAUUUCAUCUGGUCACAUUUGUUACUCGCACACGUUACACAGCAUAGCAAUGGACAAGUCCAGGAAGGCCGGUAUCAUAUAGAUUUGAUCCUGGAGGUUUUUGGGAGCAAAGAAAAUGUUGGAUAAAUAGUCCUUCAAAAAGGAGAAAGAUUUGCUCGAACAAACCGCUUAGGAGUGAAGCUUAACCCUAGGAAUACAAUAUUAGUGAAGCUGUCCAUUCAGUUGUUGUCUAGGAAACUCACUUUAAGUUAAUAUUCCAUUGCUGGAGGAACGUUGGAGAGACACAAUGGUGCUAAGCUAAAGAUCAGUAAGAUCUUGAGUUUCUGCUUAAAAGGGACUACUGGUCUUAUCAUUGACCUCCACAAGGUGUCUUGUAUAGAUUCUAGUUGAGCACAGGACUUGCUUAGCUGUCACACACCCAUGGUUGAAGCAUCAAUUUACCAGACUACAGAGCAAUGGUUAUCAUAUGGACAAGAGCUGCCACUGCCUGUAACCCAAUAUAAAUCACUGCCUCAGAGAUAAGCAAAAUACACAGGUUUACAUGGUGGAAUGUCCUUUUACUGAUUGUAUAGGGCUUUUGUAUAUCUUUUUAUCUUACUAAAACAGUUGCAUUUUUGUUUACAUAUUU